GCAUGAGUUUCCUCCAACGCCUCCACCUUCACCGCCCCACAAAAACCACUGUUUGCAAAAUGCGUUUUGGUCCCUUUUCUUCUUCAUCUUCUUCCCCUUCAAAGGAACCACCUUAUUCCCAUUCCGAAAUAACAACUCUAACGGACUCAGACCUAACCAAGAUCAACCACCUCAUCCCUCGCCUCUGCGACUCUAACCAACUCCCCACGGCGCUGCGCCUCUUCACCGCCGCCCUCCUCGCAAACCCUCCGCUCCAAUCCCUCCCUCUCUCCGCCGUGGUCCACUCCCUCACCUCCCAGCACGACCUCACCCAACCCAUGUCACUCCUCACACACCUCAACCACACUCCUCACUCCCACCACUACAUCCCACCCAUCACCCUCUCCCUCCUCUCUUCCUACAUCCGACUGCGCAAGUGCAACCACGCGCUCAAGGUCUUCCGCUGGUUGCAGCGGCCCGACACCCCGUGCUCCCCCGAUGAGACCGUGUACGAGGUUCUCAUCCAAGGCCUUUGCAUCAACGGGCUCGUUCUCGAAGCCUUGAAGGCCUUCAGGGACAUGAUGGGUGGUUCCAAGUUCGCACCUUGCUGCGAUUCCAAGGAGUGGGUUUAUCGCGGGUUGUUGAUGGAGGCAAGGGUGAAUGAGGCCAUGGAGUUUUAUUCUGCUCUUUCGGGUUUUGAACGUGACGGUGAGGGUGGUAGAGAAAGGGUUUUGGUGGUGUUGGAGCGUUUGAUUGCUGAAUGGACAGAGUAGAAGCCAGAAUUGCACAACUCAGGAGACAUCAAAAGCACACCAGAAAUGCCCACCUGGACCCGAAGGACAACCUUAAUUCGGCAUAGUUUGUGGUAGAAUUAAGCCCCACUUCAACCAAAAGCAUAGCCAAAACAGCAUUGGAAUUGACAUCUGGACAGAAAGAGCGUGAUCCAUGGAUCCAAGCCUCUGAAACAUGCAAACCAGCCUCACAAAAGUUGGGAGAGGAACAUUGAUCUUCUCUAGAAAUUUGUUUAUUUAGUUAUCUGUCUAUGAUAUAUAUUCUUCCAAGACACUGCUUUUUUCUUGGCUAGUUUCUUUUAACAUUCACUAUAUUAUUUUGAUUCGUGUUGAGUGAAAUUAAGGCUGUUUCAA